UUUUUUUUCGCUGGGGCCACUGAGAGGGUUUGGAGGUUAUGUUCCAGACGAGGAGCUUGCUCAAGACUGUGACCUCCGCGUUCAUCAUCGCCACUCUCAGCCAUGCCGCUCUGUUGCCCGAAUCACUGAACAUCUCGAUCCAGUCGGAGAACAUGAGGCACACCCUGAAGUGGCGCCCUCUGCAGGAAGCCUGCUGCACUGUCAACUACACUGUACAGUAUCAGGGGGAGUUUGAAUACAUGCAGAACGACAGCUGGCUGAUCGAACAUUCCUGCUACGAGAUCGUCCAGACCGAGUGUGACCUGACCCUCGCCCUGAGCUCGGACUCCGAUUACAACAUCAGGGUUGUAGCGCGAUGCGACGACUCGACGUUGUGGACUCAGCUCCCGAACACCUUCAACCGCAGAGACACUGUGCUGCUUGUUCCGAACAUGGACGUGACUCCGAGAGUAGGCCAAAUCGAAGUGAACUUCAGCGAGCUCCAGAAGCACAUCAGCAUAAACCUUCAUAUUUGGAAGAAAGGGGAUGAGCAUAAGGCCAUUAGUAAGGAGAUAACGGAUAAGAAAUCCCAUCACGAUGCCUGGCUGGGUGGAGGAACGUACUGUCUGAAAGCGGACGCUAUCCUGGACAUCAUCAACAAGACCACGAGCACGGAUACACACUGCGUCCUUAUCCAGGAGCCUUUACGGCUCAUACCUCUGUAUGUGGGUGUCGCUGUGGCAUUAACCCUUGCCGUGGCUUUGAUUCUGGGGUUGAUAACACCGCGUUUUAGCCUCUGGCUCCGGAAAUCCAUGCAUAAUAAAGAGCCACUGCCUAAUGCGCUGAAUGGCUGGCCAAAAAGCGUCCCGAUAUUUUCCUCCAAGGUCCUGCUGGAGCCGACGCACUCCGUUUUACUGCUUGACCCAUCAGAAGAGCAGCACAGAAGGUCGGAGAUGAAGGUGACGUGCGACGACGAGAUGAGAUGAGAUGAGAUGAGUCCACGAGAGUGACGCCACGAACCUGCUCAAUGUGAAAACCACGAAGGAACCAGUAGUUCAACGUUUAUGAAAUAAUAAGCCAUGAUUUCAACAUCGUCAUUUGUGAUGAUGCUACUCCGAAGGAUCUGUUUACUGGAUCUGUUUACUGAAUUGAUUCAUUGAACCGAUUCAGGGAAAAAAACGACAUUCCGUGAUAUAAUGUGUAUUUAUUGCUAUGCAUCAUCUGGUGACAUCACUGAAGAACCGAACGUGGUUUGAGGCAGAGAUUUUUACGGAAAAGAUUUCCAGUUCUUCCCGAGCGGAGAUCGUGACCGCGAAUCCUGACGAUGCCACGGCCGAUCACGGCCGAGAGCCGAGGGAGCGAAAAUUACCCGUUACAUUUCAUUAAUGAAACGUAAAUUCGUUUGACCAAGUUGUCAUUUUUUAGGGGUGUGUUUGUGUUGUUUGUUGGUGUAGUUUAUCGGAUUGCUUUGUCUGUUUUGAAGUGUCCUUGUGCUUUAAAUAUACAAUAUAAAUUAAAAUCGUUGUUUUUUUUUAUUAAGAGGUAUUUCAUAAGAGGUAUAAUCAUGUCACGCUGAGAAACACAUCCACAUACAACACUACAACCAACGAAAACAUCAACACAAAAUCGAAACAAAAAUAUAUAAGUGAAAAGCCGCAAGAUAUCAUAAAGGUGUGUAGAGAGAGAGAGAGGGAGAGAGAGAGGGAAUGUAAGGGUAACAUUAGCGAGCUAAUUUGUCGCCCAAAGAGACAACAGUCUCACCUUCUUGUGUUCGAUUGACACACAACCGAACCGAUGAAAUCACAGGUCAUGAUUGACCUAGAUAAAUUCGUCUGGAGAGCAAAGACGUGAAUACGUAUCUUUCACAUCCAGUGUCCUUUCUCUUUAAGUGAUUUGUCUUUUCAGAAGGGCGAAUUUUACUGCCAUUUGUACUGAUCUUUUGUUCAGCGUAGUUUUCAGG